AUGUGUAUGAAGGAGGCAUACAUGUUCUUAACUGCCAUUGUACCGGGGCCACACAAUCCUAAACUAAAAAUUGAUGUUUAUCUGCAACCUCUAAUAAAGGAAUUGACUUUGUUGUGGGAGACAGGUGUAGAAGCAUUUGACAUCUCAAAAAAGCAAAACUUUCAAUUAAGGGCAGCUUUGAUGUGGACAAUCAAUGACUUUCCAGCAUAUUCUAUGUUAUCAGGAUGGAGUACAGGUGGCAACAUAUCAUGUCCUUAUUGUAUGGAGGAAACACAAUCAUUCAGCUUAAAACAUGGUGGGAAAACAACUUGGAGAGAUCGUAAAAACAUUCUUAAAGGUCAUACUGUUACAAGGCCACCACCUACCGUUAGAACAGGAGAAGAAAUUUUGAAUCAAAUUUGUGAGUUGGGGAUAAGAAAAGUAACUGAGUUAGAUGCACAAGAAGUUAAUAAGAGGAUAUGUAAUUCAUGCGGAUGGAAAAAACGAAGCAUCUUUUGGGAUUUGCCUUAUUGGAGUUCUAACUUGAUACGACAUAAUCUUGAUGUCAUGCAUAUUGAGAAGAAUGUCUUUGAUAAUGUGUUUAACACUGUUCUUAAUGUUGUUGGCAAAACCAAAGACAAUCUGAAAGCACGUCUAGAUAUUGCAAAAAUAUUGCGAUCGACCGCAGCACUUACAGAGUUGAGUUUGUUUUUUAAAGAUCUUACUUCAACUGUUCUUCGAGUGGUGGACUUGGAGAGAUUAGAGGUACACAUCCCACAGAUCUUGUGUAAGUUAGAAUGCAUAUUCCCCCCGGGUUUCUUUAAUUCAAUGGAACAUUUACCCGUGCACCUGCCAUAUGAAGCACGAAUUGCUGGACCUGUACAAUACAGAUGGAUGUACCCUUUUGAGAGGUACCUUCGAACUCUUAAAAACAUGAUUGGGAACAAAGCUAGUGUUGAGGGUUCCAUUUGUGAAGCAUACUUGAUGGCGGAGUCAACACAAUUGUUUUCUCAUUAUUUUGAACCUCAUGUUAUCUCACGUCAUCAAAAUGUGGCCCGUAACAAUGAUGGUGGUGUUGUAGAAGAUAUUGAAAAGGAAAUCAUGUAUGUGCAACGUUUGCAAGAAGAGUUCCCGAAUCUAUCUCAAGAUCAAAUAGAUGAGAGUCUUGAAACAUAUUUUUCUAUAUGGUUCAAGGAAUAUGUUCGAUCCAAUCAUAUUGAGAACAAAUACAUGCGUAGUCUUGCUCAUGGACCAUUAAUAAGAGCAUAUACUUAUCCAAUGUGUUUUUUUAAUGGAUACAAAUUUCACACAUUACGUCGCGGUAGUGCUAGAUCAACAAUGAACAGUGGAGUUUGUAUCUCGGGUCCAAAUGUUGGCGAUUACUAUGGACGGAUACAAGAGAUUAUACAAGUGGAAUACCGUGAAGCACAUUUAAAGCAAACUACAUUAUUCAAGUGUGAAUGGUUUGAUCCAACUAUGAAUGUUGGUGUUAAGGAGCAUAAUCAGUACAAAUUGGUCGAUGUUAACCAUCGUCGUCGGUUUGACAAAUCUGAACCUUUUAUUCUUGCGAUGCAAGCAAAUCAGCUGUAUUGA